GCAACAGUCCUUGGGCUGCCAUCUGCCUGAGCUUCUCUACCCAGUCAGGCUCUGGCCAAUGACCUGGAGGACAGACCUCUACUGGAUGUGGAGCUGCGCUGGGAUCCUGGAAAAUGGGAAGCUGAAAAUUAGAAUAUUUUUUCGAAAUAGGUUGUGAAUAAGGUCCCCUUUCUCAGAAUCCGCUAAGGAAUCAGCAUCUACAGCGACAACAAGGAUUGGGAAGCUAAAGCAAAGCAGCUGAGUUCAUCAGGCCAGACUCACCGCUGGAAAACCUUUGUUUGAGGAACUGAGGAAGUUGUUCUUCCUUCUGGAUUAUCUGAUAUUGUGAACUCUGCUAGCCUUUGACUCUGUUCUUAAUAGAUGGGUGCAGCUUUUAAGAAGUUCUGCAUGCAGUUCUGCUGCUGCUGCUGCGCUGGUGAUGAAGAUGAUGAGGAUGAAAAGCAGCCUUUAGUACCAGUACCUCAGGACCCGUUGGAGUAUUUCAAUCGUGAAGUCCAGAAGCGUCGCGAUGAGGAGACCAACCUGUGGAGUGAGCCAGGAGACCCCAGCCACUCGGAGAGAGCUGACGACCGAGUGCUUUACUCCCUGCUGCAGGCCAGGACUAAGACCCGCAUGGGAUCCACGGGCUAUCGUCGUCUGAGUGUUGACAUUGAGGCCAUGAGAGACACACGCCGAGAAGUUAGAGACAAAUGGAAGACAAUCCUGGAGAACCUAGGUUUCAUGGCAGAGGCAGACUCGCUCCUGACAGUGUCUGCCGGUGCCUCACAUGACCGCAUGCGCAACGCCCCAGCAUCACGUGCCCUGCUGAAGACGCUCCACACUGAGACCUCCGUGUUCAACAGCAAAGACCCACCACCAGAGAGAUAUCUGUUCAUCCUGGAUCGCCUCAUCUAUCUAGAUAUAGCUGACGAUUUCUUGGCAAAGGCAAAGCGCUUCUAUCCUCCAAAGGAUGACUCUGACGAGGACGUGCCGGGCCUCGCCAUAAACCUACCGCUGCUGCUGGCCAGGGUAGAGGCCAUGAACGGGGCAGGCGAAGAAGAUGAAGAGGAGGACGAGAGCGGAAGGGAAGAUGGAAACUUGAGUGACAGAUCCUAAGAUCUACUGGCUGCAGUAAUAAUAGACACAAGGCAGGGGGCAGUAGUCAUCAAUCCUGGAGACCUGGAUGACAGAAUUACAUAGCUCUUACCUUCAAGUGUCUGUUGGCUCCAACAGUUCUGCUGCUGCUUCUUGGAAGUUUUAAGCUGAACAAUUUCUCCUUUCCCCCCCCAACUGCACAGCUUGCAUCUUAUUCUGUUUACUCUGGUCAAAAUCUAAAAGGGCUUAGCAGAUUUCCAGGUUAAUGUUACAGAGGUGUUGACUUGUCUGUAUUCCUUUUUUUGUCUGUCUACCACAAAGUUUUAUCAAGUUCUUAGUCUGUUCAUUGUUCAGCUGUUGUGAACCUUCAGGGUAGCGAUGUUCCUUUGAGCAGAGCCUCUUUAUAUUUUGUCCUAUGAUUAUCAGCACUCAUUUCAUUCAGUCACAUGAUCGGUAACAACACUAAAUAAAUAGCCCGCUAAUAUGAUUCCAGAUUCACAAGAAUGUGUGUGCUUGUGUAAUCAAAACUCUUAACUCACAAAAAUCUGCAUUUGGCUUCAAACAUUCUGGAAAACAGCACAUGGAAAUACAAUGUGAUCUGUACUGUACGUUGAACUGAAAUGAUUGCGUGUGUGUGACUGAGGUGACUUUCAGGUGAUGUGUGUGAGGGGUGUUCUGCUGAAAAUAUGAAAGAUUUCCAAACUCAUGUGGCAGUUUGUGUAUGUGUUCUGGUGUCCAGUUUAUGAUGAA